GGCAGAAUGCCACAUUCUCCAGCCCGGCUUGACUAUCAGAAGUGUUUUCCCAUUGUGUGCAACUGCGUCGUCCCUGUCGGUUUAAUAAAGAUCAUAUGCACGGAAGGCACUGAUUAGCAUUCUUAAACACAAAGCUUGGUUCAGAGAUAAAACUCUUCCCAAGAAACAGAACGACAAUGGAAAGUGAUGAGGCAGCGGGAGCUCAGAGUCACACCGAUCCGGUUUUCACGGUGAACAUCACACAUGCUAUAAAAGACGGAGACAGUCUGACCUACUUGGUGAAGUCCACCCAGGUCUCCGAUAAGGUGGAAUAUGAGGUGCAGCAUCCGUUUGAGGAUUUCCAAUGGCUGCAGCACACUCUCCUGACCCAAGAAGGUAUCCCGGGACUUUCAGGGAUCAUUUUUCCUCCAAUUCCCGUGAAGCCAGGGACCACUGUAGCCAACGCUGAAGCAAAGGCCAAGAAAUAUUUGGGGAUCAGAUCACAAAGUCUUAUGGGAGAUGACUGGCAUAAAUACUGCUACGCACUGGAGAAAUACCUUCAGCAGGUGAAUGUUCAUCCCAUUCUUAGGAAGAAUCCCACUCUCCUGAACUUCCUGACAAAGAAAGAGCCUCCUAUGAAAGGCAAACCGAGGAAGGGGAUCUUCAAUAAGCUGACGCAGGUUGUGGAAGAGAUACUCAAAGAACAUCACAAGGACAUUGACGAUUACUUUCAGGCAGAAAGGGAAAGCAAUUACGUGCUGACCGCAUUCACCAAAUCUCUAACGGAGAAAUGUCUAGAGAUGAUCCAUUCUGAGCAGAGAAUGGCCGUGGCUUGUGGUCACUUCUCCACUGCGCUGCAUAUUGGAAGUGGACACGAAGCUGAUCCGAAUGAUUAUGCUGUAACAAAAAUGUGCAUCAAGCUCUCAGAAGCUAUCGAUACAUUAAAGAGAAACUUUGAACGUGUGGCAAAGAAUAACAUGAAUACACUGGGCUGUCACCUGGAGCUGUACUCUCGCUUUCAGGAUGCUGAGAAGGAAAUGCUCUUCAGGAGAACGUGCAAACUGAUUGAAGUGGAAAAUGCCAAUCGAUGCGUGGAGAAAGCCAAGCAUCACAAAAAGGCACAGGCAGAAGAGGUUAAAAGGAUUGUUGAACGAGAAUAUGAAGACAUUUCCGAAAUGGCUAAAAAAGAGAUACAGAAUUAUCACCAGAAUCGGGUCCGGGAGUACAGAGAAGCCCUCGUGUGUCUGACUGAAUGCCAGCUGCGGACGGCACGAGAGACGCACACUCUGCUUACCAAGCAACUAGCCGAGCUGAGCCAGCGAUUUACUGACUAGUCCUUUGUUUAUGCAGACGGGGUGAAGUUAGUGCCAUUUUACAGCCCGUGCUAACCAACAAAAGGCGCGUGUUUAUGAACCGUCGCAAAUUUCACCCCCCACCCCCACCCGCCACCACCUCCCUCCUCGAGAAUCUAAAACAGAGUAUAAACUGCCACUCUGACAAUCGCAUUAAAAAAAAAAUGGUGCGUCCAUUGUGCGAAUCUCUUCGAAAGAAGGACGCAAAGUCUUUUUUUUCGGUGUUGGAGAGGUGUGAUUUGAUCCCCGUGUCAAAUGUUGGUAAGCAUUGUUCACAGAGCGUCAGCCUGGCUAUGUUGGUAGCAUUCCCCCCCCCGCGGGUAAAAGCCCCACCUCAGGGGAUGUUGAGCUCGCGAUCCAGGCGCUCAUCCCUUGGGUGAGAUGUUAAACUGAGGUCUUGUCUGCACCCUGUUCAGGUGGAUGUUAAAGAGACGGUCGUUACUGAAAGUAACUCACAGAAUCUUGUGUGAAGUGUAGUGACCGUGGAUUUUUGCAGUUGAACGUGCCAUUCGAUUUGGCACAGCCGACAGCAGCCGUGAAGUAAACGACCAAUUCUAUCUGGUGAGGUGGGGGAAGGGGAGGAGGGUGGGGG